AAACCAUCCAUCUACACAGGGACACAAAAUAUUUGCAUUUCUGUAAAUUUUGAUUUUUAAUUUUCAUUUUGUAAUAGAACAGAAUCUUUCACCAAGAUGUCUGUUGUGACUCUACAAGUUGGUCAGUGUGGGAACCAGGUAGGAGGGCAGCUGUUUGCUGGAAUUAUUGAUGACAUGUAUGCCAGCCCUUCUCAGGUGAAUGUGACAUCACAGGUCAACAACGAUUACAUAGAAGAUGUUAAACAGAAGUUUUUUAAUUGCUCAGAUAAACCAGGUAGUUUACCAGAGGCUAGAGCUGUGAUGGUAGAUAUGGAACCUAAGGCAAUUGCCCAGACUUGCCAUGAAGCAAAGAGAUCAGGGAAGUGGAAAUACCCAGAUAAACUACAGUUUCAUCAAAAGAGAGGCUCGGGUAAUAAUUGGGCUCAUGGAUACAGAAUUCACGGAGCUGCAGCAGAAGAGCGGAUUAUGGGUAUGGUUCAGAAAGAGGCUGAAAAAUGUGAUAACCUAAAUGGAUUUAUGACAUUCAUGAGUCUUGCGGGUGGAACAGGCUCCGGGGUAGGCGCCUACAUCACACAAUGUUUAAAGGAUGAAUUUCCACGCGCAUUCCUAUUAAACCAGGUCGUAUGGCCGUACUCUACGGGAGAGGUGAUAGUUCAAAACUACAACGCUGUGUUGACGUUGUCACAUCUGUACAAGUGUUCUGAUGCAGUAUUAGUAAUGGAGAAUGACCAGUUACACAAGAUCUGCACUCAACUGUUGAACAUUAAGAAGAUUGGGUUCCGAGACAUAAACAAAGUUAUAUGUCAUAAACUUAUGGGUAUUUUAUUACCGGCAGUGACGCAGAAAUACACAGAAUAUGCAUCAUCUAAUAAUUUCGGUGAAAUGUUGGAACACCUUGUACCAUGUCCAGAUUACAAGUUGCUUACUGUAAAGAAUAUACCUCAGAUGUCGGAAACAUCAAAAGAUUUUAGCAGUUAUCAGUGGCCUGGUUUACUGAAACACCUCAGACAGAUGCUUAUAGCCAAUGCUAGCAUGGAGGAAGGGAUCGAUUGGCAGGGUCAAGCAGAAGAAAGCCGUAGAUCUUUGGCCAACACGCUCAUUCUGCGAGGGAAAGAUUUAGACAAUGUUGACCUGUCCUCAUUCAUGGAUCACAGACUUUACCCAUCCUGGAUACCAGCAGAUGACACAUUGUCUGUGUACAAACAACAGAGAACUUUCAAUAAAUAUGAAAAAUGUGCUACGUUAGUGACAAAUAACAAAUCCCCGAUAGCUUCGUUAAAUUCGGUUAUAGAUAAAGCUUGGAACAUGUUUUCGUCGAGAGCAUACACACACCAGUAUGUUAAACAUGGCAUGACUGAGGAGGAUUUUAUUGAUAGUUUUGUGAUGUUAGAACAGGUUGUGGCAAGCUAUAAUAACUUGUGAUUGAAUGUGUAUUGUUAUAAUAAGUUGUGGCUAGCUAUUAGAAGUUGUAAUGCAUCCAGAUGGCAAGCUAUAAUAACUUUUAUACAUUCAGAUGGCAAGCUAUAAUAACUUGUGUGACAUCCAGAAACAGGUUUCUGCUAGCUAUAAUAACUUGUGUGACAUCCAGAAACAGGUUUCUGCAAGCUAUAAUAACUUGUGUGACAUCUAUAACAGGUUAUUGCAAGCUAUAAUAACUUAUCUGGAAUGUGUAAUGUUAGAAGCUAUGAUAACUUGUAAUGCAUCCAGAUGGCAGGCUAUAAUAAUUUGUGAUAUAUUCAGAUGGAAAGAUACAGUAACUUUGUUACAUCUAGAAACAGGUAAUUACAAGCAACAAUAACUAGUGACUGAUGAUACAUCCAGAAAAUGGUUGUGAUUGGUAAACUUAAGGUUGUAUCUAGCUAUACUAACAUAUGAUAUAGCCAGAAAGCAUGACAUUUUGACAGGGUCUAUGUUGCACACUAUUAACACUUGUGCAUCCAGAAAAUGUAAUGUUAAAACAGGCUAUGGCAAGUUAUAAUAACUGCGAUACUUUCAGAAAUCAUGAUACAUUUUUGUAUUUGAACAGGUUCUGUAUUGCAAAUUACAAUUAAUUGUAAUACAUC